GCGCGCAGGAGCGCGGGGUUGGGGUGUCCGGCAGGGCCGCUGGUGUGUCCGUCAGUCCGUCCGGGAGUGUGCGGUCCCACUGAAGGCUCCAGCCCUCAGCCUUCCCUCCCGGGGUAGACCUGCCGCCCGCUGCCGCCGCGGCAGAGGGGGAGCGACGCGAGGAGCCGCCAGGAUGAAGCUGGUGAGGAAGGACCUGGAGAAGGAUAAUGCGGGGCAGGUGACGCUGAUCCCCGAGGAGCCUGAGGACAUGUGGCACACCUACAACCUGCUCCAGGUGGGUGACAGCCUGCGCGCCUCCACCAUCCGCAAGGUUCAGACCGAGUCGUCCACGGGCAGCGUGGGCAGCAACCGCAUCCGCACCACCCUCACCCUCUGCGUGGAGACCAUCGACUUCGACUCACAGGCCUGCCAGCUGCGGGUUAAGGGCACGAACAUCCAAGAGAACGAGUAUGUGAAGAUGGGCGCCUACCACACCAUCGAGCUGGAGCCCAACCGUCAGUUCACCCUGGCGAAGAAGCAGUGGGACAGCGUGGUGCUGGAACGCAUCGAGCAGGCCUGCGACCCGGCCUGGAGCGCCGAUGUGGCGGCCGUGGUCAUGCAGGAGGGGUUGGCUCACAUCUGCCUGGUCACCCCGAGCAUGACGCUUACUCGUGCCAAGGUGGAGGUGAAUAUCCCCCGCAAGCGGAAAGGGAACUGCAGUCAGCACGACCGGGCGCUGGAGAGGUUUUACGAGCAGGUGGUGCAAGCCAUCCAGAGGCAUAUCAACUUUGAGGUGGUGAAGUGUGUACUGGUGGCUAGCCCAGGCUUCGUGCGGGAGCAGUUUUGUGACUACAUGUUCCAGCAGGCAGUCAAGACUGACAACAAACUUCUGCUGGAGAACAGGUCCAAGUUCCUACAGGUCCACUCUUCCUCAGGACAUAAAUACGCACUGAAGGAAGCACUCUGUGACCCAGCUGUAACUAGCCGUCUUUCUGACACUAAGGCAGCUGCUCUCUUUCACAUUGUUUGCACUUCCAAUGUUGAUGUGAAAAAUGCACUGACCUUCAGUGGGCCUCUGGAAGACAUGUUCGGGUACACAGUCCAGCAGUAUGAAAAUGAGGAGGGGAAAUGGGUACUUAUUGGUUCACCACUAGUUGGCCAACCUGAGAAAAGAACAGGCGAUGUCUACAAAUGCCCUGUAGGAAGGGACAGCCCGUCACCCUGCAUAAAACUGAACUUACCAGCUUCUACUUCAGUUCCUAAUGUCAUGGAAGUAAAAGAAAACAUGACUCUUGGAACAACCUUAGUGACUAACCCAAAAGGAGGAUUUCUGGCAUGUGGACCACUUUAUGCUUAUAAAUGUGGACGUUUGCAUUACACAACUGGAGUUUGUUCUAAUGUCAGCUCCACUUUUGAAACCAUUGGGGCCAUUGCUCCGUCUGUGCAAGAGUGUAAAACCCAGUUGGACAUUGUCAUAGUCCUCGAUGGGUCCAACAGCAUUUAUCCAUGGGAGAGUGUCACAGACUUUCUGAACAGCCUCCUGAAAAACAUGGAUAUAGGUCCUCAGCAAACACAGGUUGGAAUUGUUCAGUAUGGACAAACUGUAGUCCAUGAAUUUUACUUGAAUACAUAUUCAACAACAGAAGAUGUGAUGGCUGCAGCCUCAAGAAUACGCCAGCGGGGCGGCACGCAAACCAUGACAGCCUUGGGAAUAGACACGGCCAGGGAAGAAGCUUUUACUGAGGCUCACGGUGCACGAAGAGGAGUGCAAAAAGUAAUGGUUAUUGUGACUGAUGGGGAAUCACAUGACAACUAUAGAUUACAAGAAGUGAUUGAUGAUUGUGAAGAUGAAAACAUUCAGAGAUUUGCUAUUGCUAUUCUUGGCAGCUACAGCAGAGGAAAUUUAAGUACUGAGAAAUUUGUAGAGGAAAUAAAAUCAAUUGCCAGUAAGCCUACUGAAAAGCAUUUUUUCAAUGUCUCAGAUGAAUUAGCUCUUUUAACCAUUGUUGAAGCACUUGGAGAGAGAAUAUUUGCCCUGGAAGCAACAACAGACCAGCAGGCCUCCUCUUUUGAAAUGGAAAUGUCUCAAGCUGGUUUCAGUGCUCAUUAUUCUCAGGAUUGGAUUAUGCUUGGAGCAGUUGGAGCAUAUGACUGGAAUGGCACAGUACUCAUGGUGAAAGACACUGGUAUUUCAAUGCCAACUAAUGACACCUUUCGUGACAGGCAUUCAGAAAGAAAUGAGCCUCUUGCAGCCUACCUAGGAUAUACUGUGAAUUCAGCAGUGACACCUGGAGGUGUGCUGUACAUAGCAGGACAGCCACGAUACAAUCACACUGGCCAAGUUAUCAUUUAUAAGAUGGAAGGAAAAGUGGUGCAAGUGAUUCAGAGAUUAAAUGGAGAACAAAUUGGAUCAUACUUUGGGGGUGUUAUUACCACAGUUGACAUUGAUAGGGACUCAUUUACAGACCUUCUUCUUGUUGGAGCUCCUAUGUAUAUGGGAACUGAGAAGGAGGAGCAAGGGAAAGUAUAUGUUUACAGUCUGAACAAGACAAAGUUUGAAUAUCAGAUGAGUCUUGAACCUGUAAAGCAAACGUGCUGCUCACCAUUAAAACAGGAUACCUGCAAAGUUCUUAAGAAUGAGCCUUGCGGUGCACGCUUUGGGACUGCCAUUGCUGCAGUGAAGGACCUCAACCUGGACGGAUACAACGACAUUGUGAUAGGCUCUCCAUUGGAAGAUGACCAUCGGGGAGCUGUUUAUAUUUAUCAUGGCCGUGGCAAAGCAAUCAGUAAAAAAUAUUCACAGCGUAUUGCAUCAGGUGGAGAUGGGGAAAAAGUGAAAUUUUUUGGCCAGUCUGUGCAUGGAGAAAUGGAUUUAAACGAUGACGGGCUGAUUGAUGUUACCAUCGGAGGCCUUGGUGGAGCUGCCCUCUUCUGGUCUCGUGAUGUGGCUGAAGUAAAUGUUUCCAUGCAAUUUAUACCUAAAAGCAUCAAUAUUCAACAACAAAAUUGUCAGAUAAAUACAAGAAAAACGAUAUGCAUAGACGCCACAAUUUGUUUUAAGACCAGACUAAAGUCAAAAGAAGAUAUAUUUGAAUCCAGUCUGCAGUAUUGGAUUACCCUUGAUGCACAAAGACAGAUAUCUCGAAGCUUGUUCACAGAAAGCCAUGAGAGGAAAAUGCAAAAAAAUAUAACUAUCAAAGGGUCAGAAUGUACGAAACAUAACUUCUACAUGUUGGAUAAGCCUGAUUUUCAGGACUCAGUAAAGGUUUUGCUGGAAUUCAAUUUUUCUGAUCCAGAGAGUGGACCUGUCCUUGAUAGCAACUUGCCAAAUUCAAUAGCAGAAUAUAUUCCUUUCACAAAAGAUUGUGGAGCCAAAAAUAGAUGCAUUUCAGAUCUUGUUCUGAUUGUAAAAGCAAGCAUAGCUGGAGACAGUUCUUCUCCAUUCAUUGUAAAGUCACGCAAUGAUAAGUUCACCAUCCAGCUCUCUGUGAAGAACAAAAAAGAUAGUGCCUAUAAUACCAGAGUUUUGAUUCAGUAUUCUCCAAAUAUUAUUUUCGCUGGCAUUGAGGAUAUACAGAAAGAUAGCUGUGAAUCUAAUCACAACAUCACCUGUAAAGUGGGAUAUCCAUUUCUAAAACCUGCAGAAGAGAUUUCCUUCAAAAUAUCAUUCCAAUUCAACGCAUCCUAUCUCCUGGAAAAUGCUACUAUUCAUGUAUAUGCAACAAGUGACAGUGAAGAACCACCUGAGACUCUGAGUGACAACAGAGGACAUGUUACAAUUCCAGUAAAAUAUGAAGUAGGAUUAAUAUUUGUAAGUGUUUUCAAAGAGCACCAUGUUAUAAUUGCAGCAAAUGAAACUGUCCCUACUAUGAUCAACACAACAGAGCAAAUCGGGGAUGAAGUUACUCUACAUUAUAGGAUUGAAAAAGGUGAACACUUUCCAAUGCCAAACCUCAUACUGCAGAUCUUAUUUCCCAAUGUAACAGCUGCCAAAAACACUCUUCUCUACCUUACUGCAUUGUCACAUUCCCAGAAUGCUAUCUGCCAAAGUAGUUACCCUGUAGAUCCCUUAAAGAUUGGCACUGGGAAACCAUUUGUACUGUCAAAAAUAAAAGAACCUACAAAGGAUACAAUUAUGGACUGUGAUACAUACAGCUGUGCCUCUAUUAAUUGUGUCCUCGUCCCAUCUGACGUAUAUCAAGUGAAUGUUUCAUUGAGAGUCUGGAAACCUACCAUCAUAAAAGCCAGCAUUCACAGCUUAACUCUUGUUGUGAAAGCAUUACUUAGGAGUGAGAACUCGUCACUGAUUUUGAGAAAUGACCAUCAAAAACUGGAGACCAUGAUCAAGAUUUCCAAAGAACACCCACCGGGUACAGUCCCCUUGUGGGUUAUCCUCCUGAGUAUCUUUGCUGGACUCUUGAUUCUCGCACUGCUUAUAUUUGCUCUGUGGAAGGCUGGAUUUUUCAAAAGGCCAUUAAAGAAGAAAAUGGAGAAAUGAAAAAAAAAAAAAAAAAAAAAAAAACAAACACAAAAAAAAAAAAAAAAAAAAAAAAAAAAAAAAAAAAAAAAAAAAAAAAAACCCAGACAUUUUUGCUCAGGUCUGCCUCCAAAAUGUUACUGUAAAAUUAUGAACUUAUAUGCAGUGGUUACAAUGCUUUCCAAAUGCUGGUGCAUGAAAAAAAACCCAAGAAAUAGAAAACAAGAAAAAAAUCAAGCACACAUGCAAAGAAAUGAUGCAAAAAAAAAAAUUAACAACCUUGCAGCAUUUUGUGAUCCUCAAGAAUAUACCUGUAAGCGUUGCUCAUUUUUGGAGAGUAACGGAGUUCAAAGAUUCUAACAUUUUUGAAUACAGAAAGUUUGUAAUCAUAUUUUUAUAUACCUAUGUAUGUGGAAUCAUUUUUCAUUCCAAAUUACACAACAGGUCAGAUUGUAUGUAGCAAUCCCAGUUGUUUUUAUCACCCUAUGAUUUUCAAAAGGAAAAUGCACAAUUUUCAAAAUUCCCUUCUUAUGUCAGUUCUGUGGAAGCAGAUUCUCAAUUCACAAGGCAGAACACAUAAACUUUGAGAAUGCACCAAAUGCUGUGUGAUAGCUGAUGCAAUGGCAACUCAGAAGACAGAAGUACCUCCAGAAUAUUGGGUGAAAAGUACUGAAAUACCGUGGAUUUCUCUUUCUGCUCAUUUUAGCAUGUCCAGCUGAAUUAAGGAUACUCCAAGAAAGAGAUUUUUAUGGUCAAGAACCAUAAAGGAUUGAUGCAUUAAAUCGCAUAACUGAACUUGAAAUAUAUUUUUGGCAGGCCUAAAAAUGUGCAAAUUAUUCAAGUCCAUCUGAUUGCACACUGUAUUCAAAUAAGCAGGGGCAUAAUUCUAUCUGCAAAUUGAAAUGUCCAUAUUUAUGCAGAAAAUGUUUGGAGGCACCCUGAAAGUUUGACUCUUGCUGUAUAUCUUGGAGUAGCCAGCAGGGUGCUUCAUAAACUGUCACUGUAAAUUUCUUGUGUAGCUAUUUAAUCCAAUGAAUUUAAAGUGUACAAAAUGGAAAUUAUCAAAAGAGCACAGAUAGGAAAUUCAGCACUGGCAAGCUUCUUCUAGUAUUAUAAGUCACAGCUCAUCUUUAUUACUUAGGAAUUUAAGAAGUGAUGAAGAAUUUGCAUACUAAAUAAGCACUUAAGAAAUUAUGUUUAUUUUGUGUCAAAGAUUUAAAGUUUAUAUGAGAAUACACUGAAAUGUAGAUAGCAAAAGGUUUCUUUAAGAAAUUUUUUUCUUUCUAUUUAGAUCAUUCAGUUUCUUCCUUUCUGUCAUGCACUUGUCUUCCUCCCAUGAGGAUCUCUCCCUGAGGCUCAUUGCUGUGCCAUGACCUUGAGAGCUUCCUGUGUUUCUUGGAGACACAUGAAAUUAACAGGAGAAAAAGGAUGCAUGCUGGCAAAGUGUAAUGCUGCCUCAGCAUGACUCAGUAUUGAUUGCCAGUAGCUCAGAAAAUUCUGAGGUGUUCUAAGUUCUGUAAGACAUAUUUGUUGGCAGAAAAGCUUUGCCAUGCUAAGGAAGCCAGGAAAUUUGUUCCUCCUCUUGGGACAAAUAUCACUGAAGAAAAAAAAAAAGAAAAAAAAAAAAGGCAGUUUUCCAAAAUGUUUUUGCUUAUCACUGUCUUUAUAGUAAUAGCUUCAAAAAGAGUAGUAAAUUUUAUAAACACUUAUUUUUCAAGAAGAGAAUAUAGAUUAGGUUGAACAUGCUGGCAAGUAAAACUCAAAGUGUGCCAGAAGGUGUUUCAUUGCUUGAAAGGUGCUGUCACUCUUCAGUACCUUUUAUUUAGUUUCUAAGUUAGAGAAAGUAGCUAUUGGGAAAGGCUGACUUAUGUGAAUGCAACAAGUAGAAUUGAGUUAGAAAGUGUUGGCAAUUUCUCCUCAUGUCUGUGGGAAAGGUGGUUAUUUCAUAGCAGCAGUCUGCUGAAGGUAGCAGUAUGACUCAGAGGAGAGGGCAGAGCCCUCCGUGGGAACACUGUGGGUGGCUGUGCUUUGCAGAGCCUGGGAGAUCUGCUGAGGCAGUGGGAUGUGGUUGCUGUGCUCAUCUGGACAGCUGGAAGGGCCCCCUGCCUGAAGGGGGUCUGAGCACAAAACACAUGAAUGGAAGGAAUAAAGUGACAUAGAGGAACUGUGGAUAGAAACCCUGCUUCAUUCAUUGUGAAAGAAACGAAAAAUCUGUUUGUUGAACUGUGAAGAUAAAUUAAUACAGCAGUGAUUUCAGUUCCAAGUAAGACACAGGUUUUACUUUAGGAAAAUGUGUUAUUUUGCCCAUUUGUUUGAAGGAAUUAAAUCGCCCUUGGCACCAUAGCAUUCAAACACAUCGGAAUUGUAAUUUUUUUUUCUCACAGUAUCUCUGAAAAGACGCAGAAGUGUUGUUAACCUCUUAUGAGUUUGUAAAGGAACAGAAUUUUGAAGGAAUUGUGACUCACCUGUGCACACGUAGGGAGUCUAUGGUAGAAGAGGAAAUAGUUGUAUUUAUUAUUACUCAUUCAGUUUGUUAACAAUGAGGUCAUUUUUCCCAGCUUCAUAAAAUUACUCACAAGUUGUGUAAGACACACGUAAUUCUUAUGCAGCAUACUUUUAAGUCUUUGACUAUUUAGCUAUGAUAAGCUGUUAACCAGAGGUUUUCAUUUUUCCCUGUGAUAUUUCAUAUCUUAUUUUAAAGCAUCAGCCUAACUAAAAAUAUAUAAGUCAAAAGAACAGUCUAUUUCCCUAGAUGAAGACUAUGCAAAACUAAAUCAAUAGUAUUUAUCAAUGUAGAGUAUGUUUAAGAUCAGUGUUUCGUGUUAGACUUUCUUUGCACUGUAAAAACAGUAAUAAGCUUUGUAUAACCACACUGCUUUCCUCUUUCAUUAUGCUUUCUCUCUUUUCACAUUUGUCCUAUUAUCAUGUUUUCGAUUAUAAUAUCUAUUUAAAAGAUAAGUAUACAUACAUACAUACAAGUAUGUCAAGGGGAUAGCACUAUAGCACAUUAUUCUUACACGAUUCUUAGCGAUUAGUAAACUUGUUAUUUUUAUCCAUACUAGCCUUUCCACACAGCACUGGAAGAGCAGUAUUUUACUGCUUUUCAUGAUAUACAACAGAUAAAGCUACUGAAAGCAUAUUGCAAACAUCAGGAACAUCUCACUUAAAUUUGGCAGGCACUAAAGAAUCUAAUUUUACAGCAUGUAACCAGUUUUAUUCCUAAAAAUAGACUCAUUAGUGUUAUAAUGUGAUUCUAAUAACUAUGAAGAUAAAUAUUUUUUUAUUUGGCAAAGCAAAUAAAGUAAAUUUGUGUAAAAAUUAAUAAUAAAUUGGGGGUGUAACCAGAGAUUACGUAACUAAAGGAUUCUGGCCCACCCAGCUCAGUUCCUAACUUCAGCUCUGAAGUAGGUAACUUAGUGGGAAUGGACAAGCUACUUUUCUAUAGGGUUGAACAUACAGGACAGGGAUUCUCUGUAUACUCCAGCCUCAAUAUCAGGUUGUUUUGGAGAUUUCUGAUCCCAUACAUUAUUUUAGAAGUCUUAGGAAACAGUAUCUCCAUUAGAGCAAUCUUGAGCAGCUGCUUGUAUUCUCUGGGCAGUUCCUUUGCUUGUCUGGUUUCACUCUUAAGUCAUUACUAUGAGCCUCCAGACACAACUACAGACACAACCCACACACCCUGACCCCUUACCUGAGCCCUUUAGUACAUAUCCUGUGCUGAAUCAUUUUGAGCAUAAUGUUCCUCAUCUUCAGAGCUUGAGUCAGGGGAAUCUACCCUAAACUGAAGCCAAGGAUUUUCAUCUCACCUGGCACCAAUAGGCUGGAGUUAGGGUCAUAUUCAUCCAAUGAAUUCUACAUAACCCAUUUGGUUAAUUUCUUUAAUUGCCUAUUGUGUAGAUGAUGACCCUUGCAAAAAUAAAAGCAGAUAAGAUAAUCAGACUGUACUGCUCUUAACUAUACCACUUAACAGGAACAAACGGGGAUUUACAUACUUUUUAAGAAAACCACAACAUUCUGCACAGUAUUUUCUUUUUCCUGUAAAAGUAUUCCAUGUGCUUUAUUGAUUAAAAAAGAAAUUAAGUCUAACAA